CUGUUAUUACUGACGCUCUCAAGUCAAAGUAGCGUGCUCAACUUGAGCGUGUUCCGACAGGCAGUUGCUACUUAUCAAGUGGGACAAGUUUACUUUGCUGUCAGAGGAACCUAUACAUCGUGGAUAUAUUUUGUACUUGAGUUAUUACGUCGACAAUGAUGAAUAUCAACUCGAGAUCAGUUCUACGACCUGAAUACUUAGAUCAGUCCUUUAACUUCUCUGCUCCGUCCACACAAAAAUCUUAUGACUAUAUAUCAAACAGAAAGAUUAAUACUAACACUGCACCUGUCUACUGCCUUGAAGGUAAGUCACAUGUGAAGCGGUUUCGUCCUGAUAAUAAUCGAGGUAAGUUCUUUAAAAUGAUAACACACCUUUCCUUAAGUCCAUCCAUAUCGUAAGCCAGGUGGAAACUGUGUAUCUAAUACAAAUAGCCCAUCCAACAAAAUGAUACAAUCUGCAGCUUCAAACAGGUCAGAUUCAUCAGAUUCCGAGGGCGUUUCUCAUGACCAUUCAUCGUCUCCAUCAUUAUCAUACGUGUCAAGGUACUCAUCUGAUUCUACAACCCAUAGCUAUGAUACAAAGUCCCAAAUACCGGCAAGCCAAUCUUUCAGGGAAGUAAAUACAUCCCAUCCCAGGUCGCACAAUCAUGGUCAGGCCGAGCAAAUCCGAAGGUCUCGUGAAUCCAUAACUUUUGCUCUCAUCGACGCUCAGUUAUCCAUACCACCCCUAAGCCAAGUUAGAGAUAUGUAUUUGCAAACCCGAAGUGGAUGCGGGAAUUCGAGUUCAACAGCACGAACUACAAAAAAAGCCAACUUAUCGGUCGUACAUACUGUUGUCAGAUUCAGAAUUAAGGAGUACCUUAUAGAGCUGCGUGAACAUAUACGUCGCUCGCUCGAUACGUUAUUCUACAAUUUAGUUGAAAACUAUGAUACAAAGUCUAGGGAUACUUUGGCCUCUGAGAUCCUUGGGUUAUCAAGUCGCCUUUGCUCACCUGAUUGCGAUUUCUGCUCAGAUUUACUACCGAGAAAUGAACGUCGGUCGCAAACAUAUGAUCCCAGUCGUUUGAACAACUAUCCGCCUCAGCUAGUUUCUCAGAUAUCCAACUCAUGUCGAUCACCUAGUCCUCUGUCAUCCAAAUCACCAGUUUAUACACCACUACCUUCUAAUGAAACAGUCCUUUCUCAAACUCCGGACUCAACAACUUCUUAUGUGAGCUCUAACAGUGAUGUUCUUUCCGACCCUCCAAAGCCUGUGGACAGUUGUCUUGGUGAUAAUACUAACGCAAUUUUCAACUCCAGAAUAAACCAAUACUUAUUUCCAGAUUCAUCAUCUGUUUUAGAAAGACCACUGCCAUCCUACCAUAUUAAUGUUUUUGAUUCUCGGCAUCAAAAGCGUGUCAGAUUAGAUAGUACAUCACUUCGUCUUACUAGUGAAUUUGAUAACACCGAUUGGGCUGCGGAUGAUAUUGACUUCGGUCCAUGUGGAGAAGAGCUUGUUGAUCUACACUCCCUGGUAUUUGAUUCAAGUUCUGAUAUUACAUCCAAGCUCGAUGAAACGUAUUUUGACCCUGCUUAUGACGUUAGUGACUUGAUGCAUCAUUUUACAAUGGACAAGUACCCCAGUCUUCAACUCGCCAUUAGUCCGUGAUUACUUAACUUCUUUGUACAGAUAUUUCUAUCCAUGUUGUUUCCCUCGUUCAUUGCAAUUUUCUACUCGUUAAUUUUUUUGUUUGAUUCAAACUUGUACAUAAAGCUUAGCAUAUUCAACUUUGUUAACCCUUAUCAACCUAACAAAAGAUAUACAUUCUCAUCCUUUUACCUAUAAGUUCGCGUUUUCUGUAGACUAGAUGUUUAUAAUUCUUCACUCGGUUGUCAUCUCUUGUUAUAUGCCAGUGAAUAAUUUUUCUGCAGGGUGGGUCUAAAGUAGUUACUUGACUUCAGAUAUAUUUCCUUUAUUUAUCGAAAAGUCGAAAUAUAACGGUACACGUUGAAAUAAA